UUGUAUAAAUGUACCACAUCUUUAUCCAGCUUUAUAUUUUUAAAGCUUGGGCAGAGAUCUCUCUCUCAGGAUUUCGGGAAGGAAUAAGGCUCCGCCAACAAAAAGGGCUUGUGUGCGAGCUAUCUUGUGUUGUCAUUGAAUGUUUCUUUGGGCUCCUUCUCAGGCCCCAUCACAGCUACUCUGUAUUACAGCAAGUCUCCUGACCCUGAGCGUGGGAUGAGCGUGCCACGUGACAGUUUCAUCAUUCUCUGAAUCACUCCCUUGGUCAUUCAUCCAAGCUCUGAUUUGGACCUCCCAGCAGGCCUUGCUCCCCAAGCUUUUCAGGAACCUUGGUAUAAACUUGUGGAGGGCAAACCUUAGCAGACAUUUUCAAAUGCAGAAAGCAAAAGAAAACAAAAACCCUUAAACUGUUGACUCGUUACAUAAAAGCUAUAGCCCUUCAGAGCUGACAUUUGCAACCUUCUUAGAGGAAGUAGAUACAGAGGUUACUAAAGUGAGAUGCCUAGGAAUGUAUCCCUAGCUUAGGUCACUGCGGCCGUGCGCGGCAGAGUGGCAGUGGCAGUAGGGGACCUACCUGGUUAAAUAGAUCUGGUAAAAAUAAUUUGGCGGUGGCGGCAGCCUUGACUCCUCCCCUCUCUUUUUUUUAAAUGGUUCCAUUCCUCCCUCUUUACAUCUUUUAACUGUCACCAUCCCUAACCCACAGCUGGAGUGGCUUCCUACGGACCCAGCUCCGCCGGAGACACGCUCUACCCAGAGCCAGGCGGGUGUGGGCCACGUCUCCGUCCCGCAUCCGGCGGGCACUCCCGUGCCGCGCUCCCAUUGGCUAGAAGUUCCGUCGCCCGGAGCCCUAGCAGCCCGGACUCGCCACGCCAGCCCGUGGGGACUAGGGACCGCCCAGGGGCGAGGCCUCAGGCGGGGGGCGGGGCCAGGGCUCGCGGCGCCGCGGACGUCGGGGCGGCCUAUGGCGCGGGAGGAGUCCACCGCGCCCAUCGAGGCCGGGCCGGCCCGGGCCAAUCCCGGGCGACCAGGCGGGCGAACGCGGGGCCUGGCCGGCCGGGCCAGAGAAGCUGGGGGCGGGGGACAAUGGGCCAGUUCCUGGUGCGUCACCCGGGAGUUCCUUAAAGGGGCAGCGAGCGGGGCCGCGGCGCGGGCGCUGGGUGCGGUGGUCGGCGGGAGCCACCGCGCUCUAAGAUAAUGCCCGCGGCGCCCGCGCGAACAUGCAAUGGCGAGCGCUCGUCCUGGGGCUGGUGCUCCUGCGGCUCGGCCUCCACGGCGCGCUGUGGCUCAUCUUCGGGCUGGGGCCCAGCAUGGGCUUCUACCAGCGCUUCCCGAUCAGCUUCGGCUUCCAGCGUCUGAGGAUCCCCGACGACGCUGCGUCCCUCUCUCCGGGGCCCACGGGCCGGCCUGGGACGCCCGGGGGGCCGGCGGGGCCGUCGUGGUUGCAGCCGCCGGGCCCCGAGGUGGAGGAGCGGCAGCGGGCCCCGCGGCGCCCCCGGCCGGGCGUGUGCGGCCCGGCGCACUGGGGCUACGUGCUGGGUGGCCGGGGCCGCGGCCGGGACGAGUACGAGCGGCGCUACAGUGGCGCCUUCCCGCCCCAGCUGCGCGCCCAGAUGCGCGACCUGGCGCGGGGCAUGUUCGUCUUCGGCUACGACAACUAUAUGGCGCACGCCUUUCCGCAGGACGAGCUCAACCCCAUCCACUGCCGCGGCCGAGGGCCUGACCGCGGGGACCCUUCAAAUCUGAACAUCAAUGAUGUCCUGGGGAAUUAUUCCCUGACGCUGGUUGACGCAUUGGACACACUUGCAAUAAUGGGAAAUUCAUCGGAGUUCCAGAAAGCAGUCAAGUUAGUGAUCGACACCGUUUCAUUUGACAAAGAUUCUACCGUCCAAGUCUUUGAGGCCACAAUAAGGGUCCUGGGAAGUCUCCUUUCUGCCCACAGAAUCAUCACGGACUCCAAGCAGCCUUUUGGGGACAUGGCCAUUAAAGACUACGACAACGAGCUGCUGCACAUGGCUCAUGACCUGGCCGUGCGGCUCCUCCCUGCCUUCGAGAACACCAAGACAGGCAUCCCCUACCCUCGGGUGAAUCUAAAGACAGGCGUUCCUCCCGACAGCAACAACGAGACGUGCACGGCAGGGGCUGGCUCCCUCCUGGUGGAAUUUGGGGUUCUGAGCCGACUACUGGGGGAUCCCACGUUUGAAUGGGUGGCCAGACGAGCAGUGAAAGCCCUUUGGAACCUCCGGAGCAAUGACACAGGAUUAUUAGGCAACGUGGUGGACAUCCAGACCGGCCACUGGGUGGGCAAGCAGAGCGGCUUGGGUGCUGGACUGGACUCCUUCUAUGAGUAUCUCUUGAAAUCGUACAUUCUCUUUGGAGAAAAAGAAGACCUAGAAAUGUUUAAUGCUGUAUAUCAGAGCAUUCAGAACUACUUAAGAAGAGGUCGGGAAGCCUGCAACGAGGGAGAAGGAGACCCCCCGCUGUACGUCAACGUGAACAUGUUCAGUGGGCAGCUGAUGAACACGUGGAUCGACUCCCUGCAGGCCUUCUUCCCCGGGCUGCAGGUCCUGAUGGGCGAUGUGGAAGACGCCAUCUGCCUGCAUGCCUUUUACUACGCCAUAUGGAAACGGUACGGGGCCCUCCCCGAGAGGUACAACUGGCAGCUACAGGCCCCCGACGUGCUCUUCUACCCACUGAGGCCGGAGCUAGUGGAAUCUACUUAUCUCCUCUACCAGGCGACCAAGAACCCCUUCUACCUCCACGUAGGAAUGGAUAUUCUGCAGAGUCUGGAAAAGUACACAAAAGUCAAGUGUGGGUACGCCACUCUGCAUCACGUCAUAGACAAGUCCAAAGAGGACCGGAUGGAGAGCUUCUUCCUCAGCGAGACCUGCAAGUACUUGUACCUGCUCUUUGAUGAGGAGAAUCCAGUACACAAAUCUGGAACCAGAUACAUGUUUACAACUGAGGGACACAUUGUGUCUGUGGACGAGCACCUCCGGGAGUCCCCAUGGAAGGAGUUCUUUCCUGAAGAGGAAGGGCGGGGUCCAGAGGGGAAAUCUGUUCACAGGCCCAAGUCGGGGGACUUAAAAGUCAUCAACUCCAGCUCCAACUGCAGCCGCGUUCCUGACGAGAGGAGAUACUCCCUGCCCUUAAAAAGCGUCUACAUGCGACAGAUCGACCAGAUGGUUGGCCUGAUUUGACCUGCUCUCCUUGGGGGCCCCCUGUGAACCCGGACCAAACAGCUGAGCCCCAGCCACCCGCGGCCCAGUCUGAGGUGGAGCAGGGCAGAAGCCUGGCCGCCCACGAGGCCACGGGGACUUCUGUCCAGCUCCACACGCACACCUAGAAGGCUUGCAUACGUUAGUGUUUCUCUUCUGUUCAAUAAAAUGCCCUGUUUUUCUUAAGGAUAUAAUUUGAAGCGAGACGGUCGUAGAAGUAGCUUCUGAUGACAGGCUGAUGUGACCAAGCCUGGUGGAUGGGGCAGCUUUGGCUGGGCCUCAAGCUUCACACUGGAGCCAGCCCCUUCGCCGUCACUCGCCGUGACCGCAGCACUGCCACCUCUUGUUAGAGGGGCGUGAAUGAAAUUUCUGUGCAAAGGGCGUGGGGUUCACUGGACGGCCCUAUGUAUUGCAUCCUGUCAUCCUUUCUCUCCCUAUUGGAUACCUGGGAUCUCCCCCAAACGUCAACCCAUGAUUUUGGAUCACAUGGGGGGGAAUCACCCGUUUAUUCAUUUUGACCCCAAGCAAUCUUCAGUGUUAUCAGUUAUCUGCUUGUGAAUAACGGUGUUAUCCAAAUUCUGACAGGGAGUCUCUUAAGUUGUCACAUCACAGUUUAAGAGAUUAACAGGUAGAUCCUUUGGACGUAUUUUACAUUUAUUUUGAACUUACCUGAGGAGCUCCCAUAGUUCUAGAACCAGGUGCCUUGUAGGGAGAGAAAAAUACCUAAGAUUGUCUGAGCUUCCAUUUGUCUCCUAUUUACUAACCAAGGGUCUCAGUGCUGACCACAUUUGGGUUAGAAUUUUGUUUUGUUUUUGUUUCCUGUGUCUAGUGCCAACUAACUGAGUCAGGGAGAAAGAAAUGAUCGGAUGACUUUCAGGCGUCCUUGAGCCAUUUGUCAGUGUAAUACAGGCUUUAGUGCCUUAUGUGAUUUCAGUUUGGGCCACUGGAAGUCACAGCUGCUGCUAUGGUUUUAACAGGCUUGUUUUCUAUUGCCACAUGGUGGGAGCACACUGAAAGGUGGGUGGGAUGGGUAUUAGGAAGAUUCUGGACAUUUCAUGGCCAGUUGUUGCCUUUGAACCUGAUGUUUUAAACAAGCAUUUAUAGAAGGAAGUUAUGCUAAAACACCUUCUUUCUUUUGUUAUUAUUUCCUUAACCAAAAAGGAAGUGUCUGUCUUUGAACUUGGGCUGAGUGUUCAUGCAAAGCAGAGGUGGGUUCAUACCCCUCCCCUGGCUUCUAUGUAACCUCAGAGGUUGAAAUGAAUCUCAAUAGAAAGGGUAGGAAGUGUCUUAAAAACUUGCAGCCUCACCUGUCAUGUUGCUCACACACUUCAAAUGAGUUCAUGUUCAUCUUUUUAAAAGUAGAAGUAAGCACAGUCUAAGCCAUUGCAUUAUCAAUCAAAAGGGAAACAUUUUCCUUCUUGGAAAUUUAGUGUUACUGUUUUUUGAAAUAGAUGUAUAAUUCAGUUCUUGGAGAUUCUUAAAAAAGGGAUUUUCAGUAAUAAAUGUGUCACCCCCAUCUUUUAAGCAUCUACUGUGCAAAUUGUUUUAAAGAAUUAAAUGCUUCUGUUUUACCUUU